AUGCCGCCUGUUUCCUCGCAACCCGGCCAGACGGCCGUGCCCACCCCGAGCGGCAUGUCGACAUCAGCAGCCGCAUCAGGUAUCGCUGUCGGUACCAGCAUCUCCCCCUCCUCCGAACCGAAUCUGCAGGACGCUUUGAAUGGGGUCCACCGAGAUGGCCGGAUUCGCAACCCUGUGCCUAGUAAACUUAAGGGGAAGACCGAUGGGUCCAAGGGCAACUUUGGCGUCAUGCAAAUAGAGGUUUCAGGGAGGACCGAGGCCACGGAUCGCGAUGCCGAGGCGAAGCGAACCAGCGAGAGCACCGAACUGGCCGCUAAGCGCGCCUUCGAGAACGGCUAUGUCUCGUUACGACGAAGCCGGUUCGUACAUCUUCCGGACGAGCUUGUAGCCAAGCCGUUCAUUCCAACGUCAACACCGGCGCUCCCCCCUGUCCCAGCUCAACGCCACGCACCCUUAGGUCCCGAGGAGACCAAGUCGGAGCAGGCACGCUUGCUGACUCUCUUACGGAGUUUACAUCCGGUGCUCGUCGUGGACCAGAUAUGUAAAGCACUCGCUUUCUUUGGAGGGAUCCCCGGAGCACCGCCACCCGCAGCCGGCGGCUUUCCAGAGAGCGCAGAGGCAAAUGGGCCGGGUAGUCUUUUCGUUGGCUGGGUUUCAGAGAUAUUCCCUCGACUGGGUGGGAACACGGCGCCCCAGCCGUUGGACCACACCCGUCAGCUUGACCAUCCUCAGCCAUUGAAGCGCAAGCGAGGCCGACCGAAGGGCAGCAAAGCCACCAAAGCGCGGAAAGACAAGGGAGUCAAGAAGGGCCCCAAUAAGCCCUCUGCAUCCGCCGAUCGAGGCCACUCGUCCGGUCUUGCAGAUGAGAGCUGGGUGGACGUUGACGAGAGUGGCGCAGAAGAUGCCGACGAUGUCGAUGCGAAUGUGAUGCUCCUCGCGCAAGCCGCAAGCCCCCAACCACAGCUAGGGACUUCCCAUCCCAACGCAGGGCCUGUCACGCCUAAUCAAGCGCCCGGUGCCGCCAGAACAGCAUUACCAGAGGCACCCGCCGCUAACGGCGUGGCAACCACCAGCACUCCCGGCACGAAGAAGAGGGGCCGCCCAAAGGGCUCGAGGAACCGACCUAAACACCCAGUUGUCACCUCCGCGCAAACUCCCGGAACAACAUCUCAGGCGGGCGCCCAGCCUUCUCAGGGCCCUGAAUAUUCCUCGCAAGUCUUUCAGGCGCCUCAGGCAAAUCAAACACCACAGACAACGCCGGGUCCAGCGGGGCCACAAUCCUUCACAGCGGUGAACUCGGUAUUGCCGGCGCCUACAAAAAAGAAGAAUGGGCGAGCAAAAGGUAUAGGACAAAAGCAACAGGGCCAGGGGCAAAACGAGCAGGUCCCGGCAGCACCAGAGCCACAACAAGGCACCGGUAUUGAAUCAACUAAUCCUGUACCCCCCGCGCAAAUGCAUGCACCGAGCUAUCAGGCGCCGCAGACUACCCAGUUCCCGCAGGCCCAGACUUCGGCGCUCCCCACGCCUCCCACUGCCACCCCAGUUCAAAGCAAGCCGUCCAAAAACUCAAGCCAGAAGCGGAAAAGGAAAGCAGACGGAAAUGCCGAGAUGCCCCGGCCCACUGUAGAAGACGGCGGGAGCGGUCCAGCGCCCUUGGCGGAGAUGAACAAUCAAGGGUUGCCCACCGUGCCGAACACGUCAGGGCCACCAUUUCCGACCACUGCGCCCCAACCAUCGCCCAAACGGCAAAGAAAGGGCAAGGAAUCUCGGCAAUCGGCGAGGAAGGCAAAUGAGGUGACCGGAGAAGCGCCUAUCUCUGAGAGUUCGAGUGCUAAGCCAGGGCCGGCUCCCCGGGCUGUCGUAACUCAGGAGCCUGAACCAGAAUUGGUUGCUGCAGCUACAACUAUAGAGCAACCCGUGCCGUCACUGCUUCAGCCCCACCAGUCUCGGUUUGUGGUGCAGUCGCCUGCAAUAGAGAACUUCGAGGUACAGCUUGCUCAGUUCGACCAACAGGCCGAGACCGAGCCGCGGACACUGACCUCACAAAGCGCCGCAAACUCGGCGGCAGUGAUGGCCAACCGGUUAUCACAACAACAUCCACGAAAAUUCUCGCACCAACAGCACCAGCAGCAGCACCCGCGUGCUGAUUCUGUCGGUCAGGGUCGGUCCCCAAAUCCGCAACCGCAAGCACCCAAACCGCAAACCGUGAAGAGCCCACCCAUCACACAACAGCAAGCGAGAACCUCUCAAUCACACUAUAGCCAAUAUCGCACUUCGGGCUCACAAUUUCAGCAACAGAGGCAGCAACAGCAACAGCAACAGCAACAACAAAAUCACACCUCUGCGCAAGCGGACCAUUUACCACAACAGCCCCAGCAGCAGCAGCAGCACCAGUUUUCAGGAGGACAACAACAACAUCAUCGAAGCACCCAAGUUGCUUCGGCCCAACAGUAUUCGGCAAGCACGUCGCAGCAGCAGUAUGGUACGGACCAGCAGCAGCCAUAUUCGGACCAGCAAUAUCGUAAAAGUCUAGCCUCACAACAACGCUACCACCAGCAGCAACUGGCGGCCACUUCUUCAGCAGCCACAACUUCGUAUACCACUCACCAACCGCAAUUCAGCGCCCCAGCCAGCAACGAUUUCAGCGCCUCCGAUAGCGGCUACCGCAACUCGGCUACGGCUCUGAACAAUCCUUCAUACACCCAACGAAGCAACCAGCCCACCACCACUGCCACCUUCCGUUCCACCAACACCCACAACGGCCUGCCACAACACUCCCCAUCCUUCACCACCCCCAACACCGGCCUGCAGCAGCAGCAACAGCAGCAACAGCAGCAACAACGCUCCGCCAGCACAACGCAGCAGCCCACAUCGCAGAGCAUGCAGAGCCUCGCCAACGUGCAGUCCUUCUCCGGGAACGCGGCAGCAGCUGCUACUGCCGACUGGAACCUGUUCGACGCCAGCCACCUGGACACGACGGCCGGCCAGCCGGGCGCGAUGGCUGCGCUGGGCGGUGCCGGCUACGGCAUCAAUGCCGGUGGUGGCGGCGGUGGUGGUGGCGGUGGUGGUGGUGGUGGUGUACGAGGGCCCGCCUCUAAUAAUGGCGCCGCGGCGGCGGCGGCUGCGGCGGCGGCGUUUGCGUCGACGGGGCUGGCUACGUUUGAUGCGGCUGGGUUGGGGGGGAGCGGUGGGGAGCGGUAUUAUGGCGUGGGGAGGCGGUGA